AUUCCACUAUUUUCUACUGUAGUGAGUAGUUGAUGUUAGACGAGCGGAAUUUGUAGCUUUUUCUACUCUUUUUCUACACCCGAGUUUGUAAAAGUGGGCGCAAAGUGGAAAUGCCAUCAGUGUUCUUGCAUUUUGCAUAAAAUAAUGCGGAAAGAUUUUUUUUAACGGACGACAAGUGAAGCUUUUCAAACCAAAGUGUUCAGUGUGGAGGUGCAUUGUGCAAAAAGCCCCAAGGAGGGUGCAGAGAGCCCCCCACACAAGCAAAAAAAAAAAGACUGCAUUUUCGUGUGAAUUCCCCAAAAAAGCGCAAUUUUCACACAACAUGGAUUUAUUUUUAGAUAGAUCUCUGUGCUGAGAUCAAUCGCUUCAUUUUGAGAUUUGAUCUCUGAUCAUCCGCUGAAAGGAGCGCGGCUUAUUGAACAUUAUACGUGUACCCUGAGGAGCUCCUUCGCACACACAGUGUUUUGGCUACAAGAAAAUUUGUAUUGUUUAGUGGCGGAGAAAGAUAUACAGAAUUAUUGAAAUUUAUCACAAUAUUUAUUCUUGCGCUCCCAAACACAAUCCUCUGUGCACGGGAUUAGCCAGAUUUUCCGCUGUGUUUGUGGGAAAUUUUGUGUGUUUAUUUUUACUGGCCUGCAAAUUGCUGUGAAGCACCCACCAAAUGGAUUAGACGGCCGCCCCAUCUAAUCCCAUGCUGUGCAACAUAUUCUCCAGAGACAUUUCGGAUUGCCAAGGUUGGAUUUGAUUGCGGAGCGAAGAAGGAGAGAAAAAACACGGCGCUCAAUUGAUGAGACGCUGCUUCUCAAGUUAAUAUCAUAGCGCUAUAUCUUAAUACAUAAAGUUCAUAUCGAAGCCGCGGAAAAAGGCAUAUCGAAAGAAGAGCUUGGGCGCGUCGGGAAGUGCGCGGCAUGCAACGCUGUCCGUAUAUUCAUGAGAUGCGAGAACGCCUUCUGCCGCCCCAGCAGCCCUCACCGCCACUUCAUCAGCCCAUCCAGUUUCGUCAUCACGCACCCCAUCAGCAUCCGCCCACGCCGCGUCCCACAGAGCCCCCAAUAGCCAUGGAGAGCCAGGAGCGCGAGGGCCUACUCAUGGACGGUCGCCCUCAGGAUGGUAAUCAGGUCGGGACGGUGGUCAAGUUGAAUCCCGAUGGAUAUGGUUCACAUACAAGCCCAGCACAUCAGCGCACCCCGCUUGUGCCGCGAGACCUGGGGGAGGACUUCAGCUUGGAUUACGACGAAGAGCCGCUCGAUCCGCGAAGACCAAAAAAUGCCAACACAUAUACUAAAGAUAUUGGAUUUUACAUUCGAAGCCAAAAAAGGACAUCCCUCUUCAUUGUAACCAGCUUGGUGUAUGCCAUGCUAUUGGUUGUGGUUUGCAUUUCUUACGUCAUCAGCGACGUGAGCACCCGUCGAAUCCCCGUAAUGUACUACGAGGGAUUCUUUACGUAUCUCUAUGGAGCCAGCAUCCUCUUCCUGCUCUACGUGUUCUGCUUCCUUCUACAGGAGAGCACCUGCUGUGCUGGUGGUGAGAAACCACCGAAGCCCGUGAAGGAGAAGAAGCCGAAGAAGGAGAAGAAACCAAAGAAGGGUGAUCCACCAGAGGGAAAGGAUGCCAAAGGGGGAAAGGACAAGGACAAGGAUGCAGCAAAGGGUGGCAAACCCAGCCCAUUCCAGGAGGUCUUACCCAAAAAGAAACGCGAUUUGGUGCGCGAACAAUCGCUCCAGAAGGAUACAACUGUCGAAGCGGAGAAAGCACCAACACCAAAGAAUGUGCGAAAGAGGAAAACUACGCAGAACAAUACCACCCAUGGGAGUUUCUUCCUCCGUGUCGGUGCAAUUGCUUUCGGUUUGGGUACAAUGAUCUAUACUGGAUUGGAGUUUGGUUCAUUCUUUGAGAUUCCUUUUGAUUCGCCGUGCCAUCAAAUUUUACGCGGUGUUAACCCACUUCUUCAGAUGAUCUUUACUUUUAUGCAGAUGUAUUUCAUCUUUAUGAAUGCAAGGCUCAACAUCCAUCGCUUCAAAGUAUUGGCACGUUUUGGACUGAUGCACAUCGUUGCGACGAAUGUUUGCGUGUGGAUCCGUACGCUUGUACUCGAAUCAAUCAAGGAGAUCACACUCUACCACCAACGCCGUGGACCAUCACCUGAAGACGGUGCUAUUUUAGAUUCCAUUCGACGACAUACCAUGAAGAAUGCACGAACGGUUAUGGGAACACAUCUAGAGCCAGAUUUCGAUUGGGAGCCACUGCACUCCAAUAUGAAUCUCCAGGAGGCAUCAUCAGCUGAAUCUCCAGCAAAUAUCCUGUCGCGCAUUGUUAAGAGUACAGCUCAAGGUGUAACGGAGGGACUUGCUGAGGAUCUGGACAAUCCAACUCCAACAACAACAUCAUCCCCUACAACAACCAUUGCACACACCACAACAACCUUCCUGAGAAAGCUAAAGCGUGCCACAUCAGCCCCAACCACUGCCGAAACAUCCACAACCACCACAACAACUACACCUUCCCCACCAACUCCAACCUCAACCCUAGCUUCUAUUUUUGCCCUCUUCUCCUCAUCCUCAACCACCACAACUACCCCACCACCCACAACAACAACAACAACAACCACAACAGAGUCAAUCUUCAGCAACCUCUUCGGCUUUGACCAGCAUUCGUAUCAGACCUACUCAGAACUGGCACACAAUGCCACCAAUUCUCUGGACCAGACUGUUGAGAAUCUCAAUUCGUUGUACCCUCAAGCCUUUACUGCAUUCCAGGCCAUAAAUGUAUCAAACUCAACUAAUGGUACAAGCUGCGGACGAGUUAAUAUCAUGGGGACCAUUGUUCAGGAUUCAGCUCCCUACCUAUAUCCCUUCAUCAUUGAAUACUGCCUGAUUGGAGCCGUUGUCAUCUACGUAAUGUGGCGUCAGAUUGGACGAUACCCCAAGUUCGCUACGGAGGAAGAUCUUGAACAUCGUUUAGAAGUGAUGCUUUCCCGACGUGCUGUAGCCAUGGCUCAGGCCUCCUCAGGUCGCGUUGACUGCAUUGGAGCAUCGAAGGGACUUUUCUUUGGACUUUUGCUCCUUGUUGGCUCACUGAUCUGCUUGAUUCUCUUCUUCGUUCUUGUGCGUCAUCCACAAUUGUCACUCCUGGCUAUUUACCUGGCAGACGUAUCACACAGCGCUCUAAUGGCUUUCUCCGUAAUUGCCAUUCUUAUCGGCUUCUGCAGGGUUCAACACUUGAAAUUCCGUUGUGAGGACCAAAGCAACUUGAACGAUAUCCUUCUGCGUAUCUCGGCAUUCGGUUUGUUCACCUAUUCAGUGUUCAGCGUUAUUUCUGGAGCACUUAACUUCCUAGAUAGUGAGCCGAAUUUGCUUGUCUGCGUCACUGGGGCACUCGCUGUUCUACAGGUGAUAUUCCAACUGCUCUUCAUUGCUGAUGUUUCCCGGCGUCGAGUUCACCUUCCAGAGCAUGACCGGAGCAAACCAGGACGUCAGAUUGUCACAUUCUUGCUCAUCUGCAAUAUCUCCAUGUUCGCCAUCUACACAUUUGAGGCACAGAAAGUCUUUGCAAAUCCGGUUCAAUUGGACUUCUACGGCUUCAUUGCCUGGUCACUUAUUCAGCGUGUCACCUUGCCCCUGUGCAUAUUCCAUCGAUUUCACAGCGCCGUCACUCUGGCAGAGGUCUGGAAGACAACAUACAAGCCACGUUUGGAGUAAUACCAUCAUCGCAACAAUUAAAUCUUUUACUCAAUUUCUCAGAAUUUUAGAGAGCCUUCUGACGAAAGGUUGUAACAGACAACUCUCUAAUGGGCUCCAUUUUUGAUUUUCCGUAGACAGAUUUUUCUCUCACGUCCAGAAAAGGCAGAGUAAUGAAAGUAUAAGAAAUAAAAUGAUAAGUAGAGAAAACAUUUAAUCAAAUCACAAUUAAUCAAAGAGUAUGGGCAGGCGGGGUUCUCCAGAAAGAAAAACCACCACGGAUUGCAGCCGAGCAUAUUAACUAGGAAGCAUUUAAAUGGUCCGAUUAGAUGAUGAAAAAAUUAUGACGAAAGAAUAGAACCAGAAUAAAAUAUAGAGAUGUCUGAAUAUAAACAGAGAAAAAAAAAACGUAAAUUACUAAAAAAAAUUAAUUCUUGUUCCGAAUCUGUGUCUAGGUGUUAGGAUAAUGAAAAUGAAUCAUAAAACUUAUACAACACACUUAGAACAUUAACCAUUCAUGACGACGACCCCUUUUACCAAUUUUUCAUUCAUUUCCUUUGUUGUUGAUCAUCGCGCCCCAGUUGGGGCUUCUUCUUCAAGUCUCUGGCAUUCGUGAUCUCUGAGACGCACACACAAUUUUAAGACGUAAGUUUUCGAGGGAGAGAGACUUUUCUUAUGUUCCGACAAAUGAAGAAUAAAAAAAAACUUUGUAGUGACGAUCGCGAAGCGAAUUUCGUCAAAAAUUGCACGAAAAUCUUCCAUAUAGAUCUUCGAAUGGGAUGAAAAUUUAACAAAUCAUUUGGUAAGAUGGUGCUAGCUUACCCAAAAUUCCAACUUAAAAAAAAAUCGAUAGAAUCUCCCUGAAAAUUGUAACUUUUGUUAAACAAAAUAACGCAGAUCAGAGUUGAGAUCUGAUAGAUUUGAGAUUUUUGAUACAGCAACGGAAGUUUUUCAUUUUCUUAUUGUAAUAUUUUAAAGGUUAUUUUUUAAUGUUUAAAAAGAAUUAAUAAUUUGUAUUUAAGUAUAUACCACCAGGCGUCUCCAUCUUAAGUUUUUUCUUGAUAAAAGAUAAAAUGGAGGCGCCGGGUAAGACUAAGCGUCUUUUAAAAGUUCGUAGAUAAUUUUGAGCCACGAUAACGGAUACAAAUACCCAAUUAAUUCAAAUAAUUUGAAAGUAGAGCUUACAAGUAAAACCAGGCGUCUCCACUGUAAUACCUGACCAAUUUAAAACCAAAAGGAAGCAUUAAGCCAUCACCAGGCGCCUCCAUUUCAAAUUCUGGUUAACUUUUCCCGUAUUUUCCGUUGCUGUUGCCCAAAAACUCACAAAUUAAAAAAGACUCAAAAAGAAGAUUUUAAUACUCAAUUGGUGAAAGUUUUUACUAAUUACGUGACAAGUAUCAUUAAAAUAGAAAACAAAAAGUUGUGUAACUUUUGAAUUCGCUUCAUACUGGGACUGCAUUUUGUACUCGUCUACUUUUUAUAAUAGGAAAUAAUGAGAAAAAAAAUAUUGAGAAAAACAUGUUUUUAUAUAGAGAUUUCGAUGAGAAAAAUUUUCACAGUUGAUAGUAAAAAUAAAUAAAAAUUAUUGACAAGAAAUUUUAUUGUGUAUAACAGAAAGAAAAAAUAAGCAUUGUGCUGUUCUUUGACGAAGAAAUAUUAAAAUAAAAAAAGAAAGAAAACAUAGAGUACCCACAUGAUUGUGAAAAAGUUGAGGUAAAACAUUAAAAUAGAAGUAAAAAAAAACAAAUAUUAUCGUCAGAUAUUCCAAGUAAUUAAUAACUAAACAAAAAAAAAAUUGUAAGCAUAUUGUAUCGUUUUUAUCUUGAGCGUUGAACAUUUUGAAGACGAUUUGAGGGAGUUUUUUUCAGAUGAAGAAAAUCUUUCUAAUAGAGUUCUUUUAUCCAAAGUUUUCGAUGAGACAUUUUUGCUAGGAUGGACUGCAUAGAUUACAUAAAAAUGUAGAUUUGAGAUUGCUCAUGUCGUUGGAAACAUAGAUGCAACAUAAUAAAACAUAAAAUAGUGGUAUAAUAUUUAAAAAACCCACCAAGAAUCCUUUUGCAAGAGCCACACAUUAUACUGAAACUCUUGGGGAAGUAUUUGAACAUUUUUUGAGAAUUUGCACCAAUGAGGACCAGUUACAUUCAUUAGGAGGACAAAAAAACAUGAUACGUCUUUGAAACCAUAAAAAUCAUUUAGGCAGAAAUGCAAAGCACAUCGAUUUACAUAGAUUUACGAUACAAUGGCAACAAGGAUUGAGGUAGGACACAUCUUUAUGUCUUGUCUACAGAUCCAAAAUUUAAAAUGGGGAUUUUUUAAAAAUAUAACAAACAAACAAUUUUAUACCACAUUGAGGUUAAUUGGAAGCUAACAACCAAGGAAAGUUUAGAUUGAUAUAUUUUACAAAAAAAAUCAACAACACUCUCUUAUAUACAAAAAACAAGAAAAACAAAUUUUCUCAUUUUCCCGUGUAGAAAAUUAUCCGUCUCUUUUGUGUAAAUAGUUUUCCCUUUGUGAGAAAAAACGUUGAUCUUUCAUCUAUGAUGAAGACCAAUCUGUCCAAACUUUUCCAAGUAAAAAAAAACAAUUACUUUUAAACCACAUUUAGGGUUCCAAAAAUUGUAAAACUCUUUUCUCAUUGAGAAAGUUUACGUGUAAGAUAGGUUUGCACUAAAAAUUUGUGUGAUAAAAUUUACGUCUCUUUACACUUUCUAAUCCUUCUUAAAGAAAACUACAAAUUUUAUUGAUAUAUUUAAACUUUUUAUAUUUCAUUGAGGGUAAGAAAAACAAACCUGAAAAUGCCCUCUUUAAAAAAUCGUAAAUUUUCCAUUGUUAAUUUAGCCUAGGAUGAUACGAGUUUGAAACAGAAAUGAGAUUUAUUGCAUGAAGGGUGUUCCGAAAUAAACGCAGAAAUUUUUAUUAAGAAACUGAAGGUAGAAUAUCAGAUUUAAAAAUUUGAAAAACUACUUAGCUUGAAUGUUUUUGAGGUGAGAUUAUCAUAACAGUCUAAAAACUUAGACAUUUUUCAGUAAGAUUCAGAAAAAUGUGGUUUAUUUAAUUAAUGAAUCUAAAGCGAUUCGUGAUUCUAGAAUUCGUUGUGGUUCAUCAUGGAAUCAUUUUUGAAUUUAAUGAGAAUUUUAAAAUUUGUAACCUACUUAUGAGUUUCGGAUGAUUUACGAAACAAAUCAUGAAACUUGCAACUAAAUUUGAUGGAAUGAUUACGAGAAUCUCAUGAUUCACAAAACAGGUUCACGAAACACUCUGUAAGAUUCAAAUGAUUCUAGAAACAAUUCAUAAGAAUCGAAUAAUUCUUUAAAGAAUUUAUAAGAGAUAAAUGAUUCUGAAAACAAUCCAUAAGAUUCAAAAAUUUCUAGAAACAAUUUAUUAGAUUCAAAUGAUUUUUGUAACAAUUCAUAAGUUCAAGUGAUUCUAAAAAAAAUUAAAAAGAUUCUAAUGAUUCUCGAAACAAUUCAUUGGAUUCUUUAAAUAACAUUUCAAAAGGAAAGAGAUCUUACUGAAAUUCUGCGUUUAUUCUGGUACACCCUGCAAUUUUAUUAGAAGAAUUUCUCUAAAAAGUGAAAAACCAUCAUAUCUGUUUUCUCUUUAUUGUAUCAAAUUGUUCAUUUAAUGUACCUACUAAUUUUUUCGUCUAUUAAUCCAAUUUAUAAUGUCUUUAGUAAAUAAAAAAAACACUGCCAUUUUUUCAAUUAAUGACGAUAAAACAAUACUAAAAUGUAGUUGCUGUGCUCAAACUAAUUUAAUUCUUCCUUGAACCAUCCCUCCAGCUAAUUUUCUUUCUUAUUUUCCUUCAAUUCUCGUGACACAAAUUGGGAAUCACAAAACAAUAAGAUUGAGGAAGCAAUUAGCGGGCGUAUGUAAUAUUGAAAUUGGCAUGAGCAAUUCAUAAUAAAAAGAAGAAAUCAAUUGCUAUAGUAAUCCCUAGGUAUACAUACAUAUUAGUUUUAUUUGAAGAGAGAGAUGGCAUAAAGUGUGACGUAACAAUAUUUAUUUGCUAAUAUUUAUUUCUCAAAAUGAACGCGAGUGAGAUAUUUUGCGCAAUUAAGGCAUUUUUUCGCGGAUUUUCCGCCCCCAGUUAUGUUUCAUGCAUCACAAUUUUUUAUUAAGGUGAAAAUCAAAUGAAAAUUGAGAGACUUCCUUAUUUAAUUGGAACAUUAUAUACAUUGAAUACUGUGUAAUUUACGAAUAAUUUUUGUGAAAUGGAAGAAAAUGAAAGUUUCUGUACCACAUAAAGUCAUUGCAAGUAGAUUAAAUAAAAAAAAAAAAUAACAAGAAAAGUUUAUAAAUAACUUUAUUUAAGGGAAGCAAAUCCGGAGGAAAUGCAAUGGAAAAUAUCAGGCAGAGUGACGCGAGAAAAUUGUGCAGAGUGAGAAUUUGUGACACUCUCUAAGUAGCGAUAUAAUUUAUUGUACAAAUGAUAAAAAAAAAGAAAAAAAAUGUACUUAAAAGAUAUGAUAACAUACAUAUGCUAAAUUACGUUAACGAUA